CUGCGGAGCGGGAUCCGGAUUUGGAUUUGGAUUUUGGUUCUGCGGGGUUUGAGUGGGUUUGUGCAUCCGGAGCUCCUCUGAUCUGCGUUUGGAUGGCCUCGCCUCCUCCGAGUCGCUGCUGCUCAAUCUGCUGCUUCGACUCACGCCAAUUUUCUAGGGAUUUGAUUUUUACUAUUUUCAUUGACGUACAUUUAGCCAUUUCGAUGGCUAAUGUUAGUACUACCAUUUUGAUGGCUAGUGCUGUGCCGUAGCGCGAUCGACCUGUCGAGUUCAUUCAAUUCCGGGUUUGCUAGUUGAGCAAUCUGCGUCCGUUGGUGAUGUGGUGCAAGUGUGUAACGUACGUUACGUAUCUGCAGAGGCAGCAGAGCAGUCGCACCGUUUCGGAACUGACGGUGUGCGAUUCAUUUCUUUUACAGUACUUUUCCAUAUUGGAGUGGUGUAUUGUUUUGGUCACGCCACUAUCGCGCGUUUCAUAUUUUUGUUGUUGCAUAAAUGUCGUGCGCUACCCACCACAGCCAACCAUCUCAUUUAAAGCUGCGAAACUGAUACAGCUGUUGAGGAUAAUGAAGAGCCACAGUUGGUAAAUGUGUCUUCCUGCUGGUUCUGUAUGCAUCUCGUGGUUAGUUUACCUUGCAUAGGACGACACCAAGUGAAUAUUACUAUGUGUAGAAUUAGUGAGUUACAAAUUGUCCUGUUUAGAAGCAACCUAGUUUUUAAGAAACCAGUUUUUAUUUUUUAGUUAACAGAGACCAGCUUCUUAGUUUUUAAGAAACUGAGAAUUUAAUUCCUUUAAACUGAGGCAUAAACAGUAUGUUUGGAACCAUCCCAAUUCUUAUAAACCAGUUUCUUAAAAACUGGGUGUUUCCAAAGUCCAAACAGGCCCUGAGACACUUGGUCCGUGUAAGAGACCAUCCUAGAUUCAUAUGAAACCAGUAGCAGCAACAGUCUAUUAGUUACACCGGAUGUGGAUGUUCUAGUCCCAGUGAAUUUCUUAUCAGCUAUGGUGAAGUGCAAGUGUAAAAUGAUUUGCUUUUUUAGACACCGUUUAAAGUUUCUCCUCAGUUUGCUUUGGAUACUUCGUUUUGAAGUUCCUGUCAUACUAUGUUUGGUCGUUCUCUUGUGUUCUGUCAGUUUGUCAUGCCUGUGAGAUUGUGCACGGCUGUUCAAGUACUUAACUCUACUACCAUGCCUGGAAAAGUACCCUAUCGGAAGUCGCUUUAUGGGAGUUGAUGUUUAGAAGAACUACUUAGCAGUAAUGAUAUUGAGUAGUAGUUUACAUUCUCUGCUUAUCCCUACUUUGUUUUACUAUAUGCUGUGUUAUGAUCGUUUCCAUUGAGUCUUCUUUAAUCUACUCAAUAGAAAAAAAAAGGAUAGACCUAAUGCUGAUGGCUUCCACAUGAGUGGGGUCUGCGGAAGGAAUAACAAUCCUUACCCCUGCCAUUUUGCAGAGAGGCUACGUCAAAACCAGGGUUUUUGGCUCAAUGGAAUCUACCCAAUAGAAGAAUUACUAAAAAAUGAUCUCAUUCCUAUUAAUUCUUCUAUUGGGUUGAUUAAAUUGUUUCAUUUUGUAUUUAUUCUGACUGCGUGCCAAGUGUACAAAUUGUCUCUCAUUGUUGAUCAUGUGGCAACUAGCGUGUAAGCUAUUAAAUAUUUAAAUUGCAUCUUGCAAUGUUGAUCUCUGUUUUCAAGUCGUCGACUAGUCGCCGACUAGUCGUCCGGUCGGUCCUGGGAGCUCGACUUGGGGGACCGGCUCGACUUUUCUGGCAAGUCGGGCGACUUGUCAACGACUGAAAUUUCUGAGUCGACUAGUCGUCGACUUGUUCUAGCUAGUCGGCCGACUUAUCCCCAAUUCGGCCCAAGCAGCCCAUUACACAACUUAAACCCUAACCUAACCCACAACUGAAGCCGCCCCUCAUCUGCACAGAGCCACACGCCGCCGACCACCCCUCCUCUCAAGCGGCCCCUCCUCGGUAGUCUGCAGUCUGCACGCCGCCCUUAUCAAUCUGCAGGAACCUAGUGACUUGGUGAGUCCUGCUCCCCCUCUCCCGCCCUCGCAGCAAGCUCGCCCGACCUCUGCUCGCCCUCCCCCGCCCUCUCAUCAAUCCCCACAUAGCAGUCCAACUCAAGCUGGUGCUGGUGGUGAAGAAAAUGCAAUGGAUGAUCUUGAUUUGGAAGAUAUUUAGAGUAUCUAGUAUCUAUCUAGCUGCAGCAGCAGCUUAGAUAUCUAAUGGAGCUUAUUUCCUUUCAAGUUUGAACUAUAUUUUCUUGCUAUUUGUUUUCCAAUUUGAACUAUAUGGCUGUUAUGACUUAUGAGUUUAUGACUUAUCACUUAUGUGGCUGAUUUGGUUCAGUUUGAGGCUUCAAAUGAGCCAUUAUACAGGCAAAACAACCACUAUAUUGGCAAGUCGACGACUAGUCGACUGACUUAUCGACUAGUCACCAAGUCGGUACCUUGUCGACUCGACUCGACUUACCGACUUGAAAACCUUGAUGUUGAUAACUACUCUGCUAGUGCAUUGUCAAGGGCGUCGAGCCCCCGACUAGCCGGACCGCGUCUACGCAGCUCGUAGCCGUCGGCCGUCCUCUCCGUUUCUAGUAGAGUAAGGGUUGCUGUAAGGCUUAGGCCUAGGAAUGCAGAAGAGUUGGCGGCAGAUGCAGAUUUUGGUGAUUGUGUUGAACUUCAGCCAGAGCUCAAAAGGUUAAGGCUUCGUAAAAAUAAUUGGGAGUCGGAAACAUACGAAUUCGAUGAAGUGCUUACAGACUUCUCUUCUCAAAAGCGAGUGUACGAAGUUGUUGCGAAACCAGUUGUGGAGAGUGUUAUGGAGGGAUAUAAUGGUACAGUUAUGGCAUAUGGCCAGACUGGUACUGGGAAAACUUUUACACUGGGAAGACUUGGUGAAGAAGACACUGCUGCUAGGGGAAUCAUGGUUCGUGCAAUGGAGGAUAUUCUAGCAGACAUAACACCUGGGACUGAUUCUGUCUCAGUAUCAUAUCUUCAGUUGUACAUGGAGAUGAUACAAGAUCUCCUUGAUCCUGUAAAUGAUAAUAUAGCCAUUGUAGAAGACCCAAGGACUGGGGAUGUUUCAUUGCCUGGAGCCACAGUAGUUGAAGUUAGAGAUCAAAAAAGCUUUGUGGAUCUUCUAAGGGUGGGUGAGGCUCAUCGUGUUGCUGCAAAUACAAAGUUAAACACAGAGUCAUCUCGAAGUCAUGCGAUCCUCAUGGUGAAUGUCAGGAGGUCUGUAAAAGGUAGAACUGAAAUGGAUGUCAGCAUUUCUGGUGAAAAUGGGCUCUCAUCAUCCUUGGUAGGGUCUUUGAGACCACCUAUUGUUAGGAAAAGUAAGCUUGUAGUUGUCGAUUUGGCUGGAUCAGAGCGCAUAGACAAGUCAGGAAGUGAGGGUCAUACGUUAGAAGAGGCAAAGUCUAUCAAUUUGUCUUUAAGUGCUCUGGGAAAAUGCAUCAAUGCACUUGCUGAAAGCAGUCCUCAUGUGCCUGUUCGUGAUUCUAAACUUACAAGAUUGCUUAAAGAUUCAUUUGGAGGUACUGCAAGAACAUCAUUGGUUGUGACAAUUGGUCCAUCUCCAAGACAUCGUGGGGAAACUACCAGUACAAUAAUGUUUGGACAAAGGGCAAUGAAAGUUGAGAACAUGGUGAAAUUGAAGGAAGAGUUUGAUUACAAGAGCUUAUGUAGGAAACUUGAUAUUGAAUUGGAUAAAUUAAUUGCAGAAAAUGAAAGGCAAAGGAAACAUUUUGACGAUGAAGUUGAGAGAAUAAGAGCUGAAGCUCAAUGCCGCAUUGCUGAGGCUGAAAGGGAAUGCAAAAUCACAUUAGAGAAUGAGAAAAUGAAGUAUCAUGAAGAAUACUUAGACUCAAUAAGAAUACUGGAGGAGAAGUGGAAAGUACAUCAGCAAUCACCCAAGAAACAAAAUAAAGAGGCUGAGUCUACAUCCAAUGAUACUGGAGAAGUGCAUAAUUUACUGCAGAAUGAGAAAAUGCUACGUCAAUCGGCUGAAGAUGAGGCCAGUGACCUCAAGAAUCAAAUAUCACACUGGAAAAAGCUGGAGGCUACAGCUACAGCUGAGAUAAUAAAACUACAGAAAAUGCUAGAUGCUGAAGCUAGCCAGAAAGAGAAACUUGAAGAAGAAAUAGGUGUUUUGAGAAGCCAGUUAUUGCAGAUGAGUAUGGAAGCCGAUGAGACAAGAAGUCUUGAUAAAGGAGAUGGGCCAGGAAAAAUAUUUCCUGGUUUAGAUUCAUUGGUGUCUCAGACUCGAGGUUCACAACCCAGAGAGCAGGACAAUGGACAGAAGCAACCGAUUGCCAAACUCUUUGAACAAGUUGGGUUACAAAAGAUAUUGUCAUUGCUUGAAUCUGAAGAACCUGAUGUCCGCGUUCAUGCAGUGAAAGUUGUCGCAAAUCUGGCAGCUGAAGAGGCAAAUCAAGAAAAGAUUGUAGAAGCAGGUGGCCUCACUUCCCUGCUUAUGCUACUUAGGAGCUCUGAGGAUGAGACAAUUCGUAGAGUAGCAGCAGGAGCAAUUGCUAACCUUGCAAUGAAUGAAACAAACCAAGAUCUUAUCAUGGCUCAAGGGGGUGUAACCUUGUUGUCUAUGACAGCAUCUGAUGCAGAGGAUCCACAAACUCUUAGAAUGGUGGCCGGAGCAAUAGCUAACCUUUGUGGCAACGACAAACUGCAAACACGGUUGCGGGUAGAAGGUGGAAUUAAAGCGUUGCUUGGAAUGGUUAGGUGUGGGCACCCUGAUGUCCUUGCUCAAGUUGCACGUGGCAUUGCAAAUUUUGCGAAAUGUGAAUCUAGAGCAGCUACUCAAGGAAAUAAGAUGGGGAAAUCACUAUUAAUCGAUGAUGGAGCGCUUCCCUGGAUUGUAAAAAAUGCUAACAACGAAGCUGCCCCAAUUAGGCGGCACAUCGAGCUUGCACUGUGUCAUUUGGCACAACAUGAAGUAAAUUCAAAAGACAUUAUCAAUGAAGGUGCCCUAUGGGAGCUUGUUCGGAUCUCAAGGGACUGUUCUCGAGAAGAUAUAAGGAAUUUGGCAUACCGGACAUUGACAUCCAGCCCCACUCUUGAAGCAGAGAUGAGGAGAUUAGGAAUAAAAAUGUGAUAACAGAACAGAGUGCAGCUGGGGCUCACACUAUGAAGUUCCAUUUCUCGUGCACAUACAGAGGUGUCCGUUGCUAUGGGCGCUGGUAAUCAAGCACAUCUUCCCUUGAUCUACCUGAUUUUGGCAGGCAUACACGGGCACCGCACUGACUAAUCAGAAGAGGCAAUGGCCUUCGCACCAACUUUCUCCUCGAGAGUUCAUUUUUCUUUGGUUUGAGGGGGCAGUUGAAAAUCUCGACAGCACUAGCAAUUCGUUUAUUUUGUAAAAUAAUGCUAGCAUAGCAGAUGUUACCUACCCCCAAUGCAGGGUUUGUAAAUUUUUUGCUGUAAAAAUAUCAAGGCCAAAAGGAGUGCUUUCGCAGUUUGAAGCAUAACUGUAUUCCCUGAUCCCUAGAAGGUUUAACUUUUAUUUAUUUAUUUAUUUAUUGAUUGCAGAUGAGCCAUAUUUGUAACUGAUUUUGUUUCUUUCUUAAGCGUUGACACUGCCAUUUCUUUUACA